AAUUCCGUCCGAAGCCCACUGGGAUACAAAUAGGGAAGCCCACGGGGAAACAGCCGCACGAAUCUCGACGCGCGAACUUGGAACUCCAAGUGGGCGACGAAGAGAGGAAGAGGGGAGAGGGAAGGCAGGCGUCUGGCUCAAAAGAUCUUUCAUCUGGGGCUCCGAAUCCCUCUUCUGGAGCCUGGGUGUCGAUCUGAUCGACCGAAGACAGCCGCCAAGAAGGUUUUGGGAAGCUGAGGAUAUCUGUAUUGUUUCUUUUCCAAUAUAUUCUGCAAUUCUGCCAUUUAUUCUAUAUGUUCCUCAAUUUCACUUAGUGGAAGGAAAAGGAGAUCCUGUAGGUGUACGGUGGAAGAUUAGGCUUUGAUUGAUGGGUAUUUAUUGCUAUUUGUACUAAUAUGGAUAAUAUGGACCCUGAUCUGGCUCUAGAAGUCCCUGAUACUCCUGAUAGAUUGAGGCAGCCGGUUGAUGAAUCUUCUGGCCCUCAUGUGGGGAGAGAAGUUGUUCAAAUAGAAGUCAGUCCAUCACCAUCCCACCGAAGGACGGAGCACCUGAGAAACACAUACAGUUGCCAUUGGAGGCAUCUCAAUCAAAACAAUAUGUGCGCUAGCAGUGCUACACCUGAUAAUACUGAUGUGCUCUUUCAACAAGCACAUUUAGCACGAUUGUUAUCUGAAACUAUGGAAAAUAAGAUGUCAUCAAAGUCCCAUGGCAAACCACAUGGGCAAAACGGGGCUUCCAAUGAGAGUGGGAAGAAGGUGGAAACAAUUGACUUGAGUCAAAGUAGCGCCUUUCCUCUUGUGCAUCCCACAAGAUGUAGGGAUCGGAGAAGGUCCGGGAGAGGCAUGUGCAGCAAAAAUGAGGUUAAUGGGGGUAGUAGGACCUGUGGAAGCACCGAAUUACUUGGUAUUGGAUCAUCUCUCCCUCCUAGAUCAGUUGGGAGACCGCGAAGCUGGCAUGGGAUUAAUAUCUGCAAGAAAGACAAGACAGUUGUGCCAGAUGAAGCUCAUUCUAGACCAAAGUUUAUAGAUAAGGGAAAAGGAGUAAAUCUAUGUAAUGAUUCACAACCAAAAUCUGAACAAGCACUAUUAAGUUCAUCGCAAUCUGAUUAUCCUAGAAAGCAUUCAGGGCAGCGAAGGUUGGUACGUAAUGGUUGCAUCUCUCCCUGUAAUAUAGCAAAAAGUAACAUCCAUUCUGGGGUUGACCAUCACAAUGGAAUGACUUCUAUUGAUGGUGGGCCUUGCUUUUCAUUUGCUGGAACCGGUGAUCAAGGUAAUGGAAAAGAAAUAGGAUGGUGUGAGGAUUCACAACCCAUAACUUGGCAGCGAAGUCUCAUAUGCAAUGGGUGCAUCUCUCCAAAUAACAAUGCAGAGGAUAAUAUUGUCAGCAAUGCAGAAGAGAAGGGUAAGAUGGUGCUUACACAACCCUCUAAUGGGAAAUCACAUCAAAUACACAAUGUCAAUCCCAAUUCUGGAGACAGCUCUGUUGAUAAUAAGAAAGGGAAAGCUAUAGUGGACGAUCAUUUGGUGAUUGGUGAGCACUAUGGUAAAGCUAAAUUUCGAUCAAGCAGGUUAUGUUCAAGAGCAGGGGAUGGUGUGACUGUCGUUGCGGAUACCAAUGGCAAUAGUGUUAGCCCCAGUGACCUAGGUUGGAGGACGACACGUAAACAUACAACUGGCAUUUAUAAGAGAGAUGAGGCCUGUGGUCGCCCUUAUGAUCAAAGCAUUGAAAUUGAAUCAAGAGAUGGAAAUCAGUUAAAUGUUGUGAUUGACAAUCCUGACACCACUGCUAUGCAUGGAUCUAAUCCAAGUGCAAUAUGGCCAUCUCCCAAGUCAGAUUCUCAAAGCAGAAGACAAAAGCCUAUAACAGGAAAAAGGAAAUAUAGCUCAGCUCGUCAUCAUCUUGGUCAAUCUUCCAGUUCUACUUUCGAUGACUCAGAAGUAUCAUAUCUUGGAUCAUCUUUUCAUCCCUCAGAUACAAGAUCAACGAGAGCUCGCAAUUCUCAGCACCAGGGUGUUCAAUUAGGACCAGUUAUAGAUGUUGAUGAGCUGCGUUCUCCAGAAGCAAUAUGCAGUGAUUCUCAAGAGCGGAGAGUUUCUGAUGACUCCAGUUUUAGGGCUAGACAGGUUGAAUCAGAUGAGUUAUUAGCUCGCCAGCUCCAGGAGCAGUUUUAUAAUGAGUCACUAGGUUUUGAAAACACAGAGGAGAUCGAUGCAAGCAUUGCAUUGUCACUGCUGCAGGAGGAGAAUGCUCCACGUGCUUCAACAGCAAGGCGGAAUCAAUAUAAUCCUCGAAACACGCAGACUGCACGUAUUCGUGGACGACUACCAUCUCGGAAUUCUUCUUCUCGAUCAACAAAUCGUGCUCGAGAUACAACGUCAACUAGAAUGACACAAUUGAUGAGGAACAUUGGCUGGCACAUGAUGGAUAUGGAUAUGAGGCUUAACUUCUUUGAAGAACUGGAAGCUGCAUUUGGUAAUGGUGUCGGGUCUGUGGACACAGCAAUUUCUAGCAUUCUCCAGGUUCAACGUGAUUUUAAUGAAAAUGACUAUGAGAUGCUAUUGGCUUUGGACAACAAUAAUCAUCAACAUUCUGGUGCUUCAGAUAACCAGAUUAACAACUUGCCACAAACAGUAAUUCAGACUGAUAACGUCGAAGAACCAUGUGCUGUCUGCCUUGAGAAGCCCUCUGUUGGGGAUACCAUCCGUCAUUUACCAUGCUUUCAUAAAUUCCACAAAGAAUGCAUUGACCCAUGGCUAAGAAGAAAGACAUCAUGCCCAGUAUGCAAGUCUGGUAUUACCUAAUUUUAUAUGGUCGAUUGGAAGCUUCAGGCAAUCAACUUCUCUGGUUGGUCAGCUCUAUUGUUUGUUCAUCAGGGGGUCUUCAGGUAAUCCUCCAUUCUUUUAUGGAGUAUUAACCACCAGAUGUUAUCAGAACAAUGUUGGGCCCUGCCAGUAGUCUUUUAUGCUGAUGCAUGAGCUGGUGAAAGUCAUCCUCGUGCUUUUUGACAUGCUUGUUGAGGGUUCUCAAAGCAUCCACCAAUAGAGACUUUUAUCUUAAGCAUGUAUUCCCUUUUUAUUUAUUAAAUUGCAGUUGCUGUUUUUUCGGUAACAAAAUUGCAGUUGACUUCAGCACCUCUCUAUGGUUAUAUUUUCUGAUGCCACCAGUGACACUGUUGAUUUGAUUGUUAAAUAACGAGGGCUGAUGAGGAAGUUUCCAAAUGAAAACAAAUGGUGUGGCCAUGUCACCAUUUGGUUAAUUCUGUUAAUUUUUUUUGUUUCA